AUGAUCAUGGUAACAAAAACAAAUACUUGGAAAGAAAUAUCAUAUUUGAUACUUUAUUCCUUUCCAAUAAUCAAUUUUAUUAUAUCUAUCUAUCUAUCUAUCUAUCUAUCUAUCUAUCUAUCUAUCUAUCUGUGUGUUGAUUACUACAGUUAUUCCUCUUUCUUUUCCAUCUCCCUUUAUCCUCCUCGUCAUCUAUUAUUCUUCCUCUCCCUCUUUCUUUUCUUCCUCCCUUUAUCCUCUUCCUCAUCUAUUAUUCUUCCUCUCCUUCUUUUCCUCCUCCCUUUACCCUUAUCGUCAUCUAUUGUUCCUCCUCUCCCUCUUUCUUUUCCUCCUCCCUUUAUCCUCUUCGUCAUCUAUUAUUCCUCCUCUCUCUCUUUCUUUUCCUCCUCCUUUUAUCCUCUUCCUCAUCCUACUUUGCCAAUGUCGUCGUUGUCAUCUAUCUACCCAAUAACCAUAGAUACUUAUUUGGAUGAAUACUUGCUGCUGAAAUAUACCUUAUUCAUAUCUAUCUAUCUAUCUAUCUAUCUAUCUAUCUAUCUAUCUAUCUAUCUAUCUAUCUAUACACAAUUUCUUUCCUUUGAUUCUCUCAGCGGAUCGUAUUGA